CUGCAGAGCUCAAUAAACUAUCUAAAAGUAAGCAGAGUAGAGAAACUAAUAUUUAAUGGAUUAAAGAGUUUUUAAUAUAUUAUUAUUAGAUAUAUUAGAAUAAAGUUUAAUAGUACUAAAAUGUGGAGAAGAAAUGUUAUGCAUUUAUUAAGCACAAUGGAAUCAGAUAGUUGUAGAUAUAUCUCUUCUGUAAGAACGGCGUCAAGACAUUUUAACUUGUUAAAAAAUAAGCAAAAAUUACAUCAAUUGCUGCCUAUUGCAAAAAAACAUGAAACCAAAAGUAAGCUAGUCAAUAACCUAGAUGCAUCUUAUCAAAACACCUUUAGUUAUAGAACUCAUACAUGUGGAGAAUUGAGAUCAAAUAAUGUUGGGCAAAAUGUUAUACUAUGUGGUUGGGUGCAGUUUGUGCGUUUAUCAAAAUUUUUGCUUUUAAGAGACUCAUAUGGGCAGACACAAUGUGUAGUACUUAAUUCUGAUAUAAAUAUCAGUAAUAUACCAUUAGAAACUAUAGUUAUGAUAAAUGGCACAGUAGCAGCAAGGCCGAAAAAUAUGAAUAACCCAGAAAUGGAUACAGGAGAAGUUGAGGUAAUUAUUGACAAAAUAGAGAUAUUAAAUGAAGUUGACAAGUUGCCGUUUAAUUUAAGGAAUUACCAGAAACCAAAGGAGCAAUUGAGACUUCAGUACCGUUAUAUAGAUUUAAGAUUUCCGCAGAUGCAAAGUAACUUAAGACAAAGAUCAUUAUUGUUGCAUAAUAUGAGAAAAUUUCUUGUUGAAAAACAUAGAUUUGUGGAAGUCGAAACACCUACUUUAUUUUGUCGAACGCCAGGAGGAGCUAGAGAAUUUAUUGUUCCGACUCAUUACUCCGGUUUGUUCUAUUCCUUAGUACAAAGUCCCCAACAAUUUAAACAAAUGCUAAUGGCUGGUGGUAUAGAUAGAUAUUUCCAAGUUGCUAGAUGUUACAGAGAUGAAACUACAAGACCAGACAGACAACCGGAAUUCACACAACUUGAUAUUGAACUGUCAUUUACAAAUUUAGAUUGUAUCAUUAAUUUGAUUGAGCAAUUACUUCAAGAAGCAUUUUUAUUAGAUCUACCAAAAUCACCUUUCAAAAGAAUGACAUAUAAAGAUGCCUUAGAGAACUAUGGAUCGGAUAAACCAAAUUUAACAUAUGAUUUAAAGUUAAACAAUAUUAGUAAUUUAUUGACAGGACAUACAACAGAUUCUGAUUUUGGAGCAUAUUCUAUAGCAUAUCCCAGUAAAUUAGGCAAGCUUACCACUAAAUUUAAAGAAACAAUAAAUGCCUUAAGAAAGAAGUAUAAUGUAAGAAUAAUACUCAAUGAAAAUAUUGUAAGAGAUAUCAGCCGAGAUAUAAAUGACCAAUUAAAGAGCAUAACUGGUGAUGAAAAUGAUAAUAUUGUAGCUUUAGGUGAUAAAGAGAAUGCAUGCUUGUGCUUAGGUGAUAUUCGUGAAUUACUUGCACCUCUAUUGAAGUCAAAAAAUCUUUUAUCAUGGAAAGAUACCAUAGAACCAUUGUGGGUGGUAGAUUUUCCCCUAUUCGUAAAGGGGGAAAAUGGUUUACAAACAUGCCAUCAUCCAUUCACAGCUCCACAUCCUGAAGAUUUGCAUUUAUUGGAUAGCGCCCCUCUGAAAGUUAGGUCGCUAGCCUAUGAUAUAGUUUUCAAUGGGAAUGAAGUUGGUGGAGGCUCUGUGAGAGUUCAUAAUGCGGAAUUACAGCAAAGAAUACUUGACAUUUUGAAUAUAGAUUCGAGUAACUUAUUACAUUUUAUUAAUGCUUUAAAGAGUGGUUGUCCUCCACAUGGGGGAAUAGCUUUAGGCAUUGAUAGACUAAUGGCUAUUGCCUGUAAAGCAGACUCUAUACGAGAUGUUAUAGCAUUUCCGAAAACUCACGAAGGUAAGGAUCCCUUGUCAGGCGCACCAAAUGAAGUUAACGAUGAAGACAAAAAGUAUUAUCACAUAAGAAGUAUUGAAUAAAAAUAGUCAUAUUUUUAUAUGCAAAUUGUUAUCAUAUUUUUAUAUAAAUAUUAUUGAAAUAAACUAACUUAAAUAUAUAAUUACUAAAUUA